AUGUCCCAAACUGUUAAAAACCAAUGUUAAUAGAAAUUAAGACACUAACGGGUGCAGACGCAAGUAGACGAAGCUCUCGCAACUGGCACUGAACACACUUACAUCCUUAGAACCUAAUGGGAAAGAAGGCAAAGCCGACCUCCUGAAACCGCUACCUAAGCUAAAAAUUGCACCGCAGCCAGAUCCCCACGAUUCCACCUCUGAGGAAGAACUCCUCGAUGCACAUGAUGACAUACCUCCUCAAGAGGGGGAAGACCUGACAGCCCCAGGCACUAAGGGGGAUAUCAAGGCUCUGAUGAACAACAGCAGAGCCUUUUUCAAUGCUGAUCUCAACAUAAUCCGAGAGGAUAUGACAGGAGUAACAGCCGGAGUACAGACCAACGAGGACAACAUCUCUUUCAUAGCCCAAAAGCAGAGAGACACCAACGAGCUGAUACAACAACUCCAGGCAGCCCACAAAGCCUUGCAGGUUAGACUGGAUACUCUGGAUGAUGCUCGGAGGCACAAUAACCUCAAAAUCAGGGGUAUUGCCGAAUCCGUUACUAAGCACAAACUGCCCCACUUCCUCAAACACCUACUGGCUACUCUACUGCCACAAUUUACUGUAAAGGCAUUCAAGUUGAUGGCUGCUUCCGGCUAGCUAAGUCAAACAGGGCACUGGCUGGCGUUCCCCGGGAUGUCAGUAUGCUUUCCACUGUUCCAAGACAAGAUUGCACUACAAGACACAGUGAAAAAUAAAGCACCACUCCCAUUUGAAGAGAUGUAACUUCAGUUCCUUCAGGACUUAUGGUGCUCCAUCCUGAAAUGGAGAUGGUCAUUCCAACCAAUUACAAAGACCCUAUGCUCAGCAAACAUCAACUACAAGUGGGGACCUUCACGGGAGCUGAUGGUCAGCAGGGAUGGCCGCACUCACCAGCUUUCCACUGCAGAGGAAUCUAUAAUCUUCCUGCAGGGACUGAACAUUAUUUUACUUUCUCAUGGCAUGGCUCGCUCAGGACGCAGAUGGGAUGUCCACAAAAUCGUUCCCUUCACCCCUCGUGCCGCCGCUGACACCAUCUGA